AUCAUGAGCAAACCAGCCGCUUCCUCGCACUUCUGUUGUGAAUGUCCAACGUCACAAAACCGUUGUUCUUCGGAUUCCUGCCCGUGUUCCGCAGCAAGACGUAUUUGUGAUGAGCACUGUGAAUCAGCAAGAUAUCGCGGUGACUGCCUUAACCAAGCGAUAUGCAAAUGUUCAUGUGAAGUUGACCCAACAAAACCGGCGAAAAAUGCAUGUUCUAAACCAGAAAGGUGUGACUGCUUACGGAUCAAGGAACCGUGUAGCAAACUUUGUGCUUGUAAACAAAUAUGCAAGAACAAAGAGCCGCAAAAAAAACUCCUCAAAAGCGCGAAGUCAACGCAAGGUUGUCAAUGCAGCAAAAGUAAGAAGCAGUGCAUCAAAAAAGAAUGCUUAUGUCGUUCAAUGUAUGAAUUUUGCAGCAGCAACUGUAAGUGUAAUGGUGAUUGCACGAAUGGGUCAUCAAAAUUUCAUGUGCCAAAGCAUGUCCAAAACUGCUUUCUGGAGCACAAAAAUGAAAGUAGUGGAUUAAUUGUUACCCUUAUUGGUCAUGAUUACGUUUACCGAGGUGAUUUCUAUCACGAAAGUCGAAGUGAAUUGCACGUAGAAGAGCAACUUGCCGCUGCCAUAUAUGAUCUUAUUUCAAAAUAUAAGGUAGAUUUGUUCGAGGCUGUGAUUUAUGUGUCGAAGAGUCCAUGUUUUCAUCAAGACUGUGAUCCAAAAUGUGAAGUAGUGGAUGAAUGUAGAAGCAAUAAGGCUUGUGCAAAACUGCUUGGAUUAUUGCUAUCCAAAAUUCGUAAAGAACUUAGUAAAGUUGAUGUUAAAAUGACGGUCAAAUUCUUAUAUCCACAUUUAAACCGUGGCGAUCUUUAUACCAAGCAGGGUAUUCUCUGUAUGCUUCAAGCUGGCAUUAAGGUCGAACCUUUAUUAUUAAAAGACUGGUCUGCAGUAAUGGAUUGGACUCCACAUGCGGACCAUAAAGGAGAAUACCUUCAACUGUGGAACAAUCACAAUCUCGAUAAGGCAGUCGCACAAUCUCAGUCAUUUAUCAAUGAGUGUAGACGCGCUCUUGGUUUGUCAAUGAAGUUUUGGGUGGCUGAAAUACAUGAAAUCGUAAAGAACACUAUUAUGCACUACUCUGAAAUACGAUUCUAUGUUUUUGAUGACCUUAAAAGACUAUUUGAAAUUCAUCCAGAGCAAAAAUUAGGAAUACUUUUGAAAUCUCUCUUGUGCAUUUAUUUCAUGAAUUUUCAGUUGGAUCUCACCGCAACUCCGCAUAAAAUUCGUUCAACACCUAGCAAACGACGCAGCUUUAUCGAUAUGCUCGAAUUGCGCGACAAGUUAUUAUUAAGACAUUCAGAUAAGAGCAAAAAUGGGAGCAAUAUAUCUGUCGCCAGUGAUGAUACCCACGCUCAAGCAAUGGUAGCAUCCUUUUGUGGUCGAUCGUUUGAUGAUGGUGAAACAAAUGAAAUUGCCCAACGUAUUCGCCGUGCCACUGCCAAUAUAAAUGUUGAAAUUGAAACAUUGCUUGAGUUCUUGAUGCAUAAAGGAGCCAUUGGAUGA